CUCUCUCAAACAUUUGUUCUAUCCAAAAAGCUGCGCAUAUAGCGACGUCGUCGUGAUCAGAACGGGCAGGGUGGAGCGAAAACAUGCUCGUAUUGCCAGGAAGUUCGGCGCUCACGCCAAGCAAGCGACAGGCGGUCUUAUCGGCUGUCCAAAAAAUCUGCGAUUCCGUUCUUACAAUCGACGCCAUCUACUUCCAUCUCGUUAGCUGUGCAUCCCUGGAAUCGGAGAAGACGCUAGUUACGCGAGACUCCGUACAGCGUCGCGUUCUGGAUAAUCUCUUAGAAUACGGAGAUGACUAUUCGUUCCCUGCUACACACGAUGCCUUUACGCGGUCUGCAAGAAAUUUGGUGUAUGUUUUGCCUCGUCCUGGAUCUAUCUCACCGUGGUCAAGCAAGGCAACCGAUAUCGCACGCAUAUGUAAUCUAGGGGAGCACACUGAACGAAUUGAACGAGGCAUUGUCUAUUAUAUCGAGACAAAGAACGAUGUAUCAAUUACGGAGGACGACCUUCGUUCCUUCUCUCACCUCAUACACGAUCGCAUGACACAGGUUGCUCAGUUCACUCUACCUCCGGAGUCGUUAUGCUUUCAGCACCAACCACCCAAGCCUUUGCGCACGAUUGACCUACAAAGUAAUCCGGAUCAUGCUCUUGAGACGCUCUCUGCUGCGAACAGAGAGCUCGGGCUAGCUCUUGCUCCAGACGAAAUCCGAUAUUUGGUCGAGGCUUACGUAUCUGGAGAAAACGCCUUGAAUCGGAAUCCUACAGAUGCGGAAUUGUUCAUGUUUGCGCAGGUGAACUCUGAACAUUGCCGACACAAAAUUUUCAAUGCUUCGUGGACUAUUGACGGAGGUGUCAAAGACAUGUCACUUUUUCAAAUGAUUCGUUAUACGGAAAGAAUUAGUGGAGCGAAUACCAUCUCUGCUUAUUCAGAUAAUGCUGCUGUCUUUCAAGGGUUCACUGGCAACCGAUUCAGUGCGAAUGGUGGGACGUACACUGUAGUGGAGGAACCUAUGCAUAUCCUGGCCAAGGUCGAAACGCAUAAUCACCCAACAGCGGUCUCGCCUUAUCCGGGAGCCGCAACGGGCUCUGGAGGUGAGAUUAGAGACGAAGGUGCAGUGGGACGAGGAUCAAAACCAAAGGCAGGACUUGCCGGAUUCGCUGUAUCUAACUUGCUGAUUCCAGGUUACGAGCAACCUUGGGAGACAGACUUCGGCCGACCAUCUCACAUUGCUUCUCCUCUUGAUAUUAUGUUGGAGGCGCCACUCGGCGCGAGUGCUUUUAACAACGAAUUUGGUCGGCCGGCAUUAGCGGGGUACUUCCGAACCUUCUCGGAAAGCGUGCCUUCGUCUUCGGAACCGGGUACGAAGGAAAUCAGAGGUUUUCAUAAGCCAAUUAUGAUUGCGGGUGGGCUGGGAAGUGUGCGACCAGAUUUUGUGAAGAAGGCAAAGAUUGACGUUGGGGCGAAGAUUGCAGUACUGGGUGGUCCGGGGAUGCUCAUCGGAUUGGGCGGCGGAGCUGCUUCUAGUCAGACUUCCGGUGCCAGUUCUGCAGACCUUGAUUUUGCAUCUGUCCAGAGAGAUAAUGCGGAAAUCCAGAGGCGAUGUCAACAAGUAAUUGAUGCUUGCGUAGAUCUGGGCGACAAGAAUCCAAUUCAGUCUGUUCAUGACGUUGGGGCGGGAGGACUCUCGAAUGCUCUUCCGGAACUUGUGCAUGAUUCAAAUCUUGGUGCGGCAUUCGAGAUACGCGAUGUUCUUGUUGCGGAUUCAUCCAUGUCACCGAUGGAGAUAUGGUGUAACGAGUCGCAAGAGCGCUAUGUAUUAGCUAUCUCACCCACGCAGACCGAGCAGUUCGAAGCAAUUUGUGCGCGAGAGAGAUGUCCAUUUUCUUUCGUUGGUGCUGCGACCGAUGAUCAAGAGCUGGUAGUCACUGAUCGUCUCUUGCAAGGCGACGUGAUUCGUCUUAAGAUGUCGACUCUCUUCGGGAAGCCACCCCGGAUGUCCAGGAGCGACAAUUCACAACUUCCCACUGCUGUUCGUUUCGAUUGUUCUUUAGAAAAAUAUCUCCCUGGCAUCGAAAGUGCCCAGGAGAGAUUCGCUGUUGCUGUUGAGCGGGUACUCCGACUUCCGUCUGUUGGCUCGAAGUCUUUUCUAAUUACCAUCGGAGACCGAAGCAUUACGGGCCUUGUUGCUCGCGAUCAGAUGGUUGGGCCCUGGCAAGUUCCUGUAGCUGAUGUUGCAGUAACUCGGACUACCUAUGGAUUCGACGUGUUAACAGGUGAAGCUAUGGCUUUGGGAGAACGACCCCCCGUGGCACUUCUGAAUGCAGCUGCUUCAGCUAGACUCGCUGUUGCAGAAGCCCUCAUGAAUCUUGCCGCAGCAUCUGUAAAAGAUCUCUCGCAAGUCAAGCUCAGCGCGAACUGGAUGUGUGCUGCUUCAAAAUCUGGUGAAGGUUCUCGACUUUACGAAGCAGUCCAGGCAAUUGGUUUGGAAUUAUGCCCCACGCUCGGGAUUGGCAUACCUGUCGGGAAGGACUCUAUGUCGAUGUCGAUGAGAUGGCGAGGUAAAGACGAGCAGAUGGAAGUCAGCAGCCCGUUGUCUCUUAAUAUUACAGCUUUUGCUCCUGUGGAUGCAACCAAUAAGACAUGGACACCUCAGCUCAAGGACGGCGUUGGAGAGGAGACUAUAUUGCUUUUCUUCGAUCUGGCUGCUGGUAGAACGCGACUUGGGGGAUCUGCUCUGGCUCAGGUCUUCAAAGAGAUAGGAUCUGAAGCUCCAGACGUCGAUAAUGCUAACAUAUUGAAGUCAUUCCUGGUGGGUUGUCAGAUGGUACGAAGUCGCCACCCAGAAACCGUUCUGGCCUACCACGAUCGCUCGGACGGAGGCCUGUUCACAACUUUGGCGGAAAUGUGCUUCGCUGGUAGAGUAGGUGCCGAGAUCUUCCUGGAUGCAAUACCUGGCAGUGAGGCGCCAUUGGCAGCUCUAUUCAACGAAGAAUUAGGAGCCGUCAUGCAAGUUCGUCGGUCAGAUGUCGACAAAUUGCAGUCGGUCUUUACAAGCGCAGGACUUCCAGCCGGAGCAAUCCAUGCCAUUGGGACGGUCAGAGAUACUUUGGAUCAGACGUUCACGAUUCUACAGAACUCUUCACCUUUCUUCUCUGCCCAACGGGUGGAACUCCAGAGAGCUUGGGCGGAAACGUCAUACCGCAUGCAAAGUCUACGUGAUGAGCCAUCAGGAGCGCAAGAGGAAUUUGGGCUCAUCGCAGAUGACAGAUAUACAGGACUUUUCUACGAAUUAACCUUCUCUUAUAUCCCAACGCAGGUGUAUACGCAGCGGCCAAAGGUCGCGAUCCUGCGCGAGCAGGGUGUAAAUGGACAUGUUGAGAUGGCUUGGUCAUUCUUUGCUGCAGGGUUUACUGCCGUCGAUGUCCAUAUGUCGGACAUCAUCGGCGGGUCUGUCACUCUUUUCGAUUUCCGAGGUAUCGCCGCGUGUGGCGGUUUCUCGUAUGGCGACGUCUUAGGUGCAGGGAACGGCUGGGCAAGCUCUAUACUCAUGCAUGAAACAGCGAGGCGAGAAUUUGAAACAUUCUUCCGACGCGAGGACGUCUUCGCUCUGGCUGUAUGUAAUGGAUGCCAGUUCCUUAGCCAUCUGCGGCACAUUAUACCUGGUGCGGGAUCAUGGCCCAAAUUCAAGCCAAAUAAGAGCGGCCGUUUUGAAGGAAGGACGACGAUGGUUGAGAUAGUUAAGAACAAGGUUACGGAAUCCUCUGUGUUCUUCCGCGACAUGGGUGGUUCGAAGCUUCCAGUGGCCGUAGCCCAUGGCGAAGGACGCGUUGCUUUUGAUAGCGAUGUACAGAGGGCAAUUCUCGAGGAGCAACAACUCGUCGCCCUUAGAUACGUCGACUCGAAAGGUGAACCGACAGAAGUGUAUCCACUGAAUCCAAACGGCAGUCCGGGAGGCAUCACUGGUGUGCAGACUGCUGAUGGAAGGAUAUUGGCUUUGAUGCCUCAUCCGGAAAGAGUCACCGCUUUGCAGAGCAACAGUUGGUACCCGGAGGAAAUGGAGAAGACCUGGCAUGGCAUGGGUCCUUGGUUCCAAAUGUUCCAAAACGCGAGGCAGUGGUGUGGUUGAUCUCAUGCUCUGACAACUUCAUUGUUCUCGAAACUCCAUUAAACUAUGAGCCUACAGGGAGAGGUAUUUUCAAGUACGGUUCCUAGGAAGAUUGUUAGAAGAUAUUUACACGAUCCAGUUUGUAGAAUAUGUCCCUGAAUCCGUCAGAAAAAAGUACAAUAGAAUAAC